AUGGCAGAAAGUCCAGAGCCUCAAGGUGCCAGGAGAAAGCCUUCCUCUGAUCUUGAGGUCGAUUGGGGCGACGGCCAGUCAAGUGUGUCCGAUCUGCCUGAAUCAGGGGUGCCUCAGGAAAUCGCCCGAGCAGGGCCUUCAUCGAGCGAUCAGCAUGCAUUUUCCUUAGACGAUUGGUUAGCUGAUGUUUCUCUUGAUGGCCACGUCUCUGCAAGCAGCGUUGCAGAGCCAGCAAGUGUUGCCAAGGAUAGUUGUGUGCCGAGUGUUGCUUCGACAGCCGUCUUGUCUUCUAGGGAGUAUGCCGCUCGUCUACGGAGCUCCCACCUGAGCCUGCAAGAUGCCACGCCGAAGUUCUUUUGGGAGCAGGGGUUUUGGUCUGAUUUCUUCAGUCCUGCCGCAGUGCCAGAAACCAUCAUGCCGAAAUUCAAGGACAGGCGGCCAGAUCCUUAUCACUUGCCUUUGUCGGAGCCUGUAGAGCUUGGACAGUCGCAAUCUUCGAAGAAGGCACGUCGAGAGUUCGCAGCAGUCUUCCAGAAAGUCGUGAUUCAGAGACAGGUGAUUUCUUGGAGGGACGCUCGUGAGGCCUCCUUUGAGACGGCCAUUGUGAAAUGGGUUGCUCUGUUUGGGUCUUGGGAUUCUAAUAAGGAUGAGUCUCUGGAUGGCUUUGCACAACUGUCGGAGCUUGAAAGGAGGAAAGUCAUUGAUGACAGCAUCGCACGCAAAGCCCCUUCGACUGCCUUGAAAAGAGCAAACUCGUUGAUCAAACUCACGAAGCUUGCCGGAGCCGCAAACAUUGUCAUGCCCGCUUCCGAAGGCGAGAUCUAUAUCAUUUUGACCGAUGCCAAGUCGGGAGGGGCCCCAUUAUCCCAGCUGCGGGGGUUCAUGGAAGCCAUUACCUUCUCUCGACAUGUCUUCGAAAUCAGUAGCCUCCAUCUAGUUAGUGUCAGCAAAAGAUGUUGGGGAGUCACAGUUGCCAGGGUCGCGACUCCUGCGAGACAGGCUGACCCCCUGCGGGUCAAGGACCUCAAGGAGCUUCAUAGGGUGUUGGAUGAGGCGCCAGACCCCUGGGACCGUUGCUUCGCAGGCAGCGCGCUAUUUUGCGCGUACGGCCGUUGCCGAUGGUCUGACUCGCAGCACUUGGAUGAUAUCGAACUAGAAUAUGAAGAGGGUCCUGAUUCUCCCCUUGCAUACGUUGGAGGUGUCAUCGACAUUCACAAAACAAUGAACCUGCAGGGUCAGCAGCCCCGUGUUCUUGAAAUCAUUGCACCAGCGCAAGGAAUCUAUGAAGGUGACUGGGCUUUGAAGUGGCUCGCUGCACGUGCGGAGGUAGGCUGUGCCUGGUCGCAGGGCCACCCGACCAUGCCUGCACCCAAUCAUCUGGGUGAGCCUACUGUCAGGGCUCUGGGCAGUGACGAGUGUGGUGCUUGGCUCAGGGCUCUCUUGCCAACGAGGCUGGACAUGAGAACAACUUCGCACUCUCUGAAGGCAACGUUCUUGAGUUAUUGUGCAAAGAGAGGCAUGAGCCAUCUUGACAGACUUGCGCUGGGAGGGCACUCCCAUGGAGCGAAGAGUGCCGAUACCUAUGCGAGGGAUGCCCUUGCUCGCCCAUUAAGGUUGCUCCAAGGUGUCAUCAGAGAGAUCAGUAUGGGCGUCUUCAUCCCGGAUGCUAACCGGGCUGGCAGGCUGAUUGUCAGUGCUGAGACUUCAGAGCUUGCUCAGGAGUUGGGCCAUGAAGUCCCGAGAGUCUCGCCACUGCCUUUGAAGACCGCAGGGCCUCUCCCGGCCCGGCCCAAAGAAGAGGUCGUGUCCUUGAGUUCGUGUGAGCCCUCUCCUUCACAGCAUGCCGAGCCCGCUUCAGAGUCCCAUGAGUGCGAGGGAGAUUCGUCGGAGGCCGAUGAUGGAGAUUCGAGCCGCAAAUCAAGCUCAAAAUCGUCUGUCGAGGGCACCACAAGCUCAGAUUCAGAUGCAAGCUCAAGCUCUGAAGAGGAGGGACCUGGACCCAGCAUGCCUCAGUUCGUCCCCCGCCUGCCAGAGCCUCCUGAGGGCUUUCGGUUUGUGCAACACGCAAAGUUGAAGACCUUGCAUUAUGUCAUGCAGGGUCACUUGAACUUCACCGUUUGCGGGCGUCGCAUUACAGAUUCUCUUACAGGAUCCUUAUCACUCAAGUGGGACAGCCCGGUCUGUCGCAAUUGCAAGAAGUCUGUAGGACCACUCAGGUAG